AUGGAACUUGGAAAAAAGGAAACCUACAAUAAGGUACGACAUACAAAAAUUAAAUGAUAUUGAAAUAAAACAUAAUUACAUUGAGAGAAUUGCACAUGAAUUACAAAAUACUAAUAUAAAUCAAAUAAGCCAUAGUACAGAAAUUGAUACGAUUUGGAACAAAAAAAGGAAGCGGUGGUUAAUAGUGCAACGGAGAUUCUAGGAAUGAAACCAAAAGAAAAUAUUAAAAACUGGUUCAACGAUUUAUGUAAGAAUGCAAUUAUCAGAAGAAACAAAUUGAAGAAAAAAGCACUACAAAAUACAUCAGACGAGUGCAUAAGAGAAUAUGAAGAACAAAGAAAAUUGACAAAUAAAGCGUUAAGGAGAGAAAAACGUCUAUACGAAAAGAAGAAAAUAGAAGAUAUAGAAAUCAAUAGAUACAACGCAAAAAAGUUUUUAGCAGGCGUAUGA